AUGUCAAUUGUUGUAUUUCAUAACGAGGAUGUUGGAAGGGAAUUUUCAAUUUCUCAGGUGUUAUGUAUUCGAGAAUGGAAGAAUACCAUCAACUAUCUUCUAUACAUGGUUGAUAUCAAAUAUAGUUGGAGUCUGCUAUAUGAAGAACCGGAAACUUCUUAUAGUUCAUGGAAAUUUCCACCCCAUGUCCCAUUCGGUAUUAGAAUGGACCCAAGUUAUUUUAAAUUAAGCAAUGUUUUCAUAAUCCGCAAAUUGGAAAUGCUCCAACAGAUUCCAAUAACAACAUUGGAGGGAAAUAAUUGCAAUCCUCCAUCUCGAGAACGGAAGAUUUUCAAGGUUAACAAUUCCUUUGGGCGUAGUACCUUGAGCUCUGAUGAGAAAGAAAUUCUAUGGGAAAAACGUUCUUUUUUGAUGCAUAUUCCGGAUGCUCUGCCACUAGUGCUAGCUUCUGCGGUCGCAUGGGAUUGGGCUUCACUAAAUAACGUGUAUCAAUUGGUGGACGAUUGGAUUCCUUUAAGUCCUGUUCAGUCAGUAGAGCUUUUGCUUCCACAUUUUGCUGAUGUUGUAAUUCGUGAAAAAGCACUUACAUGGUUGAAAAGUGCCUCAUCCGAUUUUAUUUUCAAUUUUCUUCCUGAAUUAGUCGAGGCUUUGCGAUUUGAGGCCUAUGAGAACUCUGCGCUUGCAGUUUAUUUAAUUACUCUCUGUGCUGGUGAUAGACGUUUGGCUUUCGAAUUGUACUGGCAAUUGCAACAACGCAUUAAUCAUCUUCGUGAGAGACCUUUUAGAAAUCGUUGUAAAUUGUUACAAAAUCAAAUUUUUCAAAUUCUCGAUGAAGAAUUCCGUUUGGAUAUUCAGAAUCAGCAUCAUUUAUUAAGAAUAUUAAAUUCGAUUUCAGAGAAUAUGAAAGACUCAUCUGAAUCGUCGAAAAUGCUUUCCAUUUUGCACCGCAAUCUUUCGUUGCUUGAUGCUCGCAUUCUUGAAAACAAUGUCAGGCUUCCUAUUCUCCCAUCAUUUCUUUGCACCGGAAUCAAUGUUUCUGAAUCAAGUUUUUUUAAUUCGCUUACUAAGCCACUGAAAAUUGUUUUCAAAGGGCUGAAAACUUCUUAUAGUAUUUUAUAUAAGAUUGGUGACGACAUGCGGCAAGAUGCUCUGGUGCUACAACUCGUUAAAAUUAUGAAUGAUAUCUGGCUUAGCCAAGGGCUUGAUUUGAAGAUGAUUAUUUUUCGAUGUAUACCACUUAGUGCCAGAACAGGGAUGGUAGAAUUGGUUCCAUCCUGUCGUACUCUUUGCGAAAUCCAGAAAUCCGUUGGUGCAACUGGAGUUUUCAAAGAUGAUUUACUAAAAAACUGGCUACAAAUGCAGAAUCCUACGGAAUUUCAAUACAAAAUCGCGUUGGAAAAUUUUCAACUUUCUUGUGCAGGAUGGUGCGUUGCCACGUAUGUACUUGGAGUAGGUGAUCGUCACAAUGAUAAUAUUCUUGUUACUACAAAAGGCCAUGUAUUUCAUAUCGAUUUUGGCAAAUAUAUGGGCGAUUGGCAAAAAGCAGCUGGUUUCAGAAGAGACAGAGUACCUUUCAUUUUCACAAGCGAUAUGGCCUAUGUAAUUAAUGAUGGAUCAUCGCAAUCUGCCACCGGUCGUUAUCAAUUGUUUGUUGACAAUUGUUGUAAAGCUUUUAACUUGCUGAGGAAAAAAUACUCACUUCUGGUCAAUCUUAUGAAACUGGUUACUUGUUCGGAUAUUCCGGGAAUGGACAUGGAAGCUGUUAAUUUUGUACAGAGCAAUUUGAUGUUAAAUUUGACUGACACUCAAGCUACAGUACAAUUCACUAGAAUGAUUGAAGAGAGUUUAAAGAGCAAAUUUCCUCGAUUGAAUUUUUUUGCACAUACUUUGGUUCAACUUAAAGCAACUCCGUCGAUGAUUUAUGGAGGAUUUGACGAUCCGAAUAAGCUUUCAUUUGUUCCACAACUUUAUACGGAACAAGAAGAAGGUCGUAUCAUAAGUGUAGUUGUUUUAUCUUUCGAAAAGUGGCAUAUGCCUGAUAAAAUGUACAAACUUGAAGUGAGGCGAGUCAAUGAAACUGUCAGCUCAAUAAUUUAUCGAUCUUUCCCUGAAUUUAGUGAACUAUAUGUCAAACUAUGUCGCAGAUUUCCUAUCGCUGCUUUACCCGCGCUUUCACGAACAUCUGGUAUGGGUCGUUCGAAUAUUAGAUCAGUCGCAGAGCGUCGUCAAGCCGAUAUUCAACAAUUUAUUUUUCUUUUAUUUGACCAGAAUGAUGAAAUAGCUCAUUGUGAUUUGGUAUAUACCUUUUUUCAUAUCAUAUACCGAGAUAGUGCACCAGAUGAAUCAAAUAAAUUAGCGAUUUCUAAUGUGGAUUGUCGAAGAAUCGCAUUAAUUACUGGUAGCAUAUUUCUUCGAAUCAGUUAUUGUAAGCAGCAAUGCACGUUGAAUAUAUUUGUUGGUCAUGUCAAAGGUUUAAAGACUAUCAACCGACAGGUGCCAGAUUCAUAUGUUAAAACAUAUUUGCAUCCCGAUCCUCAAAGAAUAUCGAAAAGAAAAACUCGAGUUGUGAAAAAUACACAAACACCAACAUUUAACGAAGAAUUUAGAGAUUCACAUUCACUGGGACUGCUUUGGCCUUCACUUUUUGCAUCUCAAGUUAUUGCAAUAUCUGUCAUCAGUGUUUCUGAUUCUUAUAUACGAUAUCUAGUUGAUUGGCCAUUGUACUAUUCCACAGUAAAUGAAAAAAUGUUAUCUGAGAAGGCACUUGAAGUUUCCGUUUGGAGUUGCGGUUCAAUCGUUGGUGAAAAUUCUGUUAUCGGUUCUGUUCAUAUAUCAUUAAAGCGUUUAAAUGAUGUACAGUUUGAUCGAAAAGGUAUCAAGACAAUCGAUGGCUGGUUUAAAUUAAAUGGUUAUUCAUCUCGUUUCUAA